UGCACAGAGGCCUUAUCGUGGAAUUCUCUAUAAGCCUACAACCAUAUUCAGGGGAAACACCUCGAGAUAAAAGUUACACCGACUGAGUUUAAAAAUGAUACUUUCUUAUUGAGAUGUUUUACAGACCCUCCCUUCUUGUUAUUUACAGAUAGACACAAGUCUGUGAAUUAUGUAAGAGAGAUCUUGGAGCUUAUGACCAUGUCCUGAGAGAGCUCCUUUAGUAGGAUUUAUGCGUUACUCUACAGCUGAGAUUCUGAUUCAGACCCACUACUCAGCAUUGUCUCUUCCUGCUCACCCAGCAGACAGAGCAUUUGUGGUUCUCAACAUUGAUGGAUAACAGGACAGAAGUGACACAGUUCAUCCUGCUGGGACUAACCAGUGAUCCAGGCCUGCAGGUUCCCCUCUUUAUCAUGUUCACCCUCAUCUAUCUCAUCACUCUGGUCGGAAACCUGGGGAUAAUGGUGUUGAUUCUGUUGGACUCUCGCCUCCACACUCCCAUGUACCUUUUCCUCAGUAACCUGUCUCUGGUGGACCUUUGCUACUCUACAGCUGUCACUCCCACAGUCAUGGCUGGAUUACUAAUGGCAGACAAGGUCAUCUCCUACAAUGCAUGUGCUGCUCAGAUGUUCUUUUUUGCAGGCUUUGCCACUGUGGAAAAUUACCUGUUGGCCUCAAUGGCCUAUGACCGCUAUGCAGCAGUGUGCAAACCCCUCAAUUACACCACCACCAUGACAACAGGUGUGUGUGCAUCUCUGACCAUAGGCUCCUACAUCUGUGGUUUCCUGAAUGCCUCUAUCCACACUGGAGACACGUUCAGCCUCUCCUUUUGUAUGUCCAAUGUGAUUCAUCAUUUUUUCUGUGAUGUUCCUGCAGUCAUGGUUCUUUCUUGCUCUGACAGACAUGUGAGUGAGCUAGUUCUUAUUUAUGUAGUGAGCUUCAACAUCUUUUUUGCUCUCCUGGUUAUCUUGAUUUCCUACAUAUUCAUAUUUAUCACCCUCCUAAAGAUGCACUCAUCUGCAGGAUAUCAGAAGGCUUUAUCCACCUGAGCUUCUCACUUCUCUGCAGUCUCUAUCUUUUAUGGAACUAUCAUCUUCAUGUACUUACAGCCCAGCUCCAGCCAUUCCAUGGACACAGACAAAAUGGCGUCUGUAUUCUACACCAUGAUCAUCCCCAUGCUGAACCCGGUGGUCUAUAGCCUGAGGAACAAAGAAGUUAAGAGUGCAGUCAUGAAGCUCCUUUCAGAGGCAAAAUUAUUUUUAAGAUUGUGA